AUGUCACAAGGUCGAGUGUCAAAGACCGAUUCCCUCUUGGUCAUGGCCAUUGACUUCGGAACAACCUAUUCUGGAUACGCCUUUCAAUUUAGACAUGACUACGAAUCAGACAGGAUUGGAAGUAUUUUUGCAAACACGUCUUGGGUUGCAGAGGGUGGAAAUGGCCUAAUGUCUUGGAAAACACCAACCACCUUGCUUCUGAAUCCAGACGACAGUUUCAACUCUUUUGGUUACGAGGCUGAGGAGGUGUACCAGGAGCUGAUAGAAAACGAAGAACAUCAUGACUUCCAUUACUUCCGCCGAUUCAAAAUGAUGCUUCACAACAAAAUGAUAAUGAACCGUGAUGUCAUUAUAGAAGAUUCAGGUGGUCGUGGAUUUCCAGCUCGUACAGUGUUCAGACAUUCCAUUGACUACCUGAAAAAGCAUUUCUUCAAAACUAUUGAAGAACGUGCACUAAACUUAGAACACAAAGACAUCCAGUGGGUCCUCACAGUUCCUGCAAUAUGGAAUGAACCCGCCAAACAAUUCAUGAGAGAAGCUGCAGUGGAGGCGGGAAUACCCUCAGAUAAUCUGCAGUUGGCCCUUGAACCUGAAGCAGCCUCUUUGUUCUGUAAAUAUGUUCCAGCGGAGAAGCAGUCUGAUGAAGACGGACAGAAUAUGAAAAUAGUUCCAUUUAGCAUCGGGACUCGGUACAUGAUUCUUGAUCUUGGUGGUGGAACCGGUGACGUCACAGUUCAUGAAGUUGUAGAUGAGAAUUCCCUACGGGAAAUCAACGUAGCCAGUGGGGGUGCAUGGGGAGGGACGAAUGUGGAUAAGGCAUACUACAACAUGCUUAAAUCUAUCUUUGGUGAGGAUGUUCUUAUGAAGUUUAAAACAGAAAGACGAACGGAUAUGUUAGAGUUUCAGAGGGAUUUUGAAAUGAAAAAGAGACAUAUUCGAGAUAAAUUGGGACAAAACACUCGACCCGUUAUCAUCUCUGUCCCAGCACUGCUUUCUGAAUAUGUAAGAGAACUAAAAGGCAUGAGCUUGCAAGAUAUCGUGGCAAACUCGGAGUUUGCUGACAAAAUAAAAAUAAAACCAGGGAACAAACUUGCAAUCGCUAGAGAAUUAAUGGAAACGCUUUUUGAUGAUCCUAGGGAACAAAUCGUAACACAUGUUCGAAACAUUCUGGAAAAUCAAGAAAAUGAAAACAGAAUAUCUGCCAUUCUGAUGGUUGGUGGAUUCUCCACAUCCAAUAUAAUAGUGGAUGCAGUGAAACAGGCGUUUCCCGAGCUUCGCGUUGUAGUUCCACCGGAGCCUGGUUUAGCCGUUGUGAAGGGAGCUGUGUUAUGUGGACAUGCCCCGUUGACUAUCUCUUCGCGCGUUUGCAAAUAUACGUAUGGAGUUGCUGUGUACGACAAUUUCGAUGAAAAUAAACACCCAUUGGAAAAAAGAGUGGAGCAUGAAAACGAGGUUCUAUGUAAGGAUGUCUUCAGUAUGUUCAUUCAGGCUGGUCAAAGUGUUGAUGUCAAUAAAAGUGUUGACGAAUCAUACGACGUACCAAAGCCACACGCUCCAGUGUCUCUACAAAUAUAUGCGACCCCCGAUAAAAAUCCCCUGUUUACGACAGACGAACACUGCGAGAUGCUUGGUAGAAUCAUUAUCAAACCUCCAGCGAGUGGAUGGCAAAAAGGCGCGAAAAUAAAGAUAUCUAUGAAGUUUGGAGGAACAGAGUUCGAGGUUCACGCCACAGACCCCCAGAAUCCAGAGACAGUGUACUCAACUAAAUGUGAUUUUCUGCUGUAAUCAUAUAACUUUCAUUGUUCUAUCUCCUCCCUAUAUUUGUGUACAUUAGCUGAAUAAUUACAGGGUGAUCUGUCCAUUAUAUAUUCUUCAUACCCCUGUACAAAUCUGCAAGUGAUGAGUUAUGCAAGCAGGAAGUAAACUUUCUAAACUUACUGAACAUGCAUUAUACUGACAGAGCUAUUGAUGUAUAUUCCUUCGAUACUGAUUCAAACAAAAUAUGGAAAACCAUUUAUUUCAGGCCCAUAGGAACCCGGGGGUAAGGGAGGGGGAACCGUGUUCCCUCCACCCCAAUAAUUUUGCCGGCAAC